AUGGUCACCAGCACCAUCUACAGCACCCAGAUCUUCACCAAGACUGCCUGCCCUUCCACCGUCACUGACUGCCCUGCCAAGUCCACUUCGCUCGUCACCAGCGUUGUCCCCGUCGGCACCACCGUCUGCCCCCAGAGCGAGGUUCCCCAGCCCACUCCCACUGCUGUCACCAGCACCUACCCCGUCUCUGAGGUGACUUCCGUCUACACCGAGACCCUCGUCUACACCAUCGGUGUCGGCACCACUGCCCGCCCCGUCACCACCGAGAUCACCACCACCUCGACCUCCACCCAGUACAGCACCGUUGUUGUCACUGUCCCCGGCUCCCAGUCCACCCCUGACGUUCCCUCUGACCAGACCAAGCCCUCUGGCCCAGCCGGUGGCGAGGGUUACCCUACUGGCCCAGCUGGCGGUAACGGCUACCCCACUGGCCCUGCCGGUGGCGACAUCACCAGCACCAUCAGCUCCACUUCCACCUCGACCAAGUACAUCACCGUUAAGCCCACUCCCUCUGGCGAUGUCCCAGUCGGCUCUGACUCCUACCCCACUGGCCCUGCCGGUGGUGCUGGUGCUAGCCCCUCCCCCUCCACCCCUGCCGGUGAGGGUGACGAGUGCGCUCCCGUUACCGUUACCGUAACUGCCCAGGAGACCAUCACUGUCACCGCCGGUGGUGACUACCCCGCCGCUACCCCCGACUCUGAGCAGCCCACCUACCCUGCCAGCACUCCUCUUGUCCCCGCUGACCAGACCUCUGGCAUGCCCCCUUACCCCACUGCUCCCUACGGAAACAGCACCAUGCCCUACGUCCCCGUCGGCACUGGCCCCGCUCCCGUCCCCAGCAUGGCCACCUCUUCUCUCCCCAGCUUCUCUUUCGUCUCUGAGAACUCCAAGCCCACUCCCAGCACCCCCGCCGCUGCCUCUUCCGCCCCUGCUGGUG